AUGAUUCUCCUGCGCAACAUUUGGGGAUAUGCAUACAGUAGCGACGAGGAUGUGGUGGCAUGCAUCGCCAGGAUGCUUCCCAUCCUUGCUGUUUCCUUCUUCGUCGAUGGCCUUAGUGGUUCUCUUUCAGGGGUAAUCAUAGGAUGUGGCAAACAGAAAAUUGGAGCUCGCGUUAACCUCGGCGCCUUUUACCUGGUUGGCAUUCCAACAGCGGUGUUACUUGCGUUUGUGUUCCAUCUAAAUGGAAUGGGUCUUUGGCUUGGCAUUAUGUGUGGAAGCAUCAGCAAACUAGCGUUGCUCCUGUGGAUUACACUGCACAUAGAUUGGGAGAACGAAGCUAUCAAGGCCAAGCACAGGGUCCUCGGUUCAUCAGUGCAGGCAUAG